CUCAGAGAUCAACAUUACACGAACAAAGCUCCCUUUGUAUACUGGCUACUGUUACUGUGAAGAUCACGUACAAAAUACAUCACUGUGUUUGCCAGUAAAGGAGAAGCAUUAUAAGAAUAUCUGACAAAUUCAGUUGCUGAACAAGAAAAUGUCGGACAAGAUUCAGAACCAAACCUCAGACCUUCCUGAUGCACAUGGAGGGCGUCUAGAGGAAAACCCGGGCACUGGGCUAUUAAAUGUGAAGGAAGAGGAUGAGACAGAUGACAUGAAUAGUCAUCAGACUGAAAUACAUUGCUCCCUCCCUGCCGACGAAGACGACGCUGAUGUAUUGAAAGUUGAGAUAACAGAAGAUCUGUGUGUAACGCUGGGAACCCCAUAUGAGGAAACCAGUGACAGUAUCAGCCCACGCCGUAUGGAUGUGACGCCUUCUGAUGGCUCAGCGGUUGAGCACGGAAGAGAACCGUAUGUGUGUGAUCAGGUGAAGACUGAGAAGGAUGAAGUUCCUAUAAAUACGGCUACAGAUAGCUUCUUGAACUACAAUAAUCCUAGUCACGUUCAGAGUGCAGAUGCUUCUUUCAAUGUUCUUCAGUACCAAACAAGCUAUGUAGGAAAUGUAUGUACUGAAUGUGGGAAAUGUUUUAACACGAAAUCGCAACUUAUUAACCAUCUGAAAAUUCAUACAGCAAAGAAAGUGUUUUCAUGUUUGGAAUGUGGGAAAUGUUUUAGUCGGAAAUCAAUUCUUAUUAAUCAUCAGGCACUUCACAUAGGAAAGAAAGCAUUUUCAUGUUUUGAAUGUGGGAAAUGUUUUAUCUGGAAAUCAUCUCUUUGGAAUCAUCGGAAAACUCAUUUAGAAGAGAAAGCAUUUUUAUGUUCUGAAUGUGGGAAACGUUUUUCCAAGAAAUCAUAUCUUAUUGAACAUCUAAAAAUUCAUACAGCAGAGAAAGCAUUUUUAUGUUUUACAUGUGGGAAAAGUUUUACUCAGAGAUCAAAUCUCAUAACUCAUCAGAAAAUUCAUACAAAGGAGAAAGCAUUUUCAUGUUCUGAAUGUGGGAAAUGUUUUACUCUGAAAUCAACUCUUAUUUCUCAUCAGCAAAUUCAUUCAGGAAAGAACACAUUUUCAUGUUCUGAAUGUGGGAAAUGUUUUACCUGGAAAUCAAAUCUUAUUACACAUCGGAAAAGUCAUACAGGAGAGAAAGGGUUUUCAUGUUUUGAGUGUGGUAAAUGCUUUACUCGGAAAACAAAUCUUAUUAAUCAUCAGAAAGUUCAUAUGGGAGAGAAAGCAUUUUCAUGUUCUGAAUGUGGGAAAUGUUUUUCCAAGAAAUCAUAUCUUAUUGAGCAUAUGAAAAUUCAUACAGGAGAGAAAGCAUUUUUAUGUUUUGAAUGUGGGAAACGUUUUACUCAGAGAUCAAAUCUCAUAACUCAUCAGAAAAUUCAUACAAAGGAGAAAGCAUUUUCAUGUUCUGAAUGUGAGAAAUGUUUUACUCUGAAAUCAACUCUUAUUUCUCAUCAGCAAAUUCAUAAGGGAAAGAAAGCAUUUCCAUGUUCUGAAUGUGGGAAAUGUUUUACCUGGAAAUCAAAUCUUAUUACACAUCGGAAAAGUCAUACAGGAGAGAAAGAAUUUUCAUGUUUUGAAUGUGGUAAAUGCUUUACUCGGAAAAAAAAUCUUAUUACUCAUGAGAGAAUUCAUAUUGAAGGAAAUCAGGGAAAUCAUAGCUUAACCUUGUAAGUGCAGAGGGUGAUACAUAAUCAUCAUUUGCACAAUGCCUAGAGUGCUGAUGAUGAUUACAUAUACUCUGGGGGCAUUCCUUUGUAGCUGUUUGAGGCCCCUUUGCACCUAAUCUGCCGUUAUGAAAUAGUGUAGAGUGUUAAUUAUCACAGUGGGGGGGGGACCCUGUAUAGGCUUAAAUAGACUAGUGAUCACAAGGCAUCAAAACAAACAAACAUGUAUUUAUUUAAGUAAAGGUUUAUAGAAGAGAGCCCUAUGUGCAGUUCAGAGUUAUAUAAAUAUACCCAAAGGCCUUUAUUUAUAUAUUGGUAAACCCUUUUUGGUGAGGGCAUUCUAGUCAGGUGAUCAGUAGGUGACUACUUCCCUAGCCGGAAUUUUAAUUAACUAGGUGUAUUGGUUUACAGAGUGAGCCCCUAUGUUAACAUCAAAAGUGCAAGAGGCUUCCAAAAAUCUUUGGAUAAGGAUAGGCUGCAUAAAAUUAAUUGUGCUGAUUUUUUUCUUCUUUUGAUUUUCAAUUGCUAAUUUCUAUAGAAAAACACUAUUCUCAAUUAAUUUAUUUUACAAAAGUUACUUAAUGCAUUUAUAAAUCGACAAAUGUUUUGACCAUAGAGUUGAAAAAACUCAAACUGUAUUGUUUACAACCUCAUUUAUUUAAAUUGUAAUAAAAAUAUGUGUUUUCCAAC